ACCUGCCACCCCAGAACAACAACAUGUUGUACAUCGGCAUGUCUGCCUUUACUGUCAACUCUGCAGCCUUCGUCUACAACAAUGCUGGAGUCCUCAGCCUGUCCAUCACUGACGACAUGAUACCAAAAAGCUCUCCAAUCCGACUAAACACCAAAACGUUUGGAGUCAUUAUCCCACAGAUUGCUAAGCAGUUCCCAGGUCUGAUGAUGAAACUGCUGGUGAAGAUGGAGAAAACCCCCACACUGACCUUUGAGCCCAACAACGCAACAGUCCAGGCCACCACCACAGUGACGGCCUUUGCCAUCCAGCCCAACUCUACUCUGUCGCCUCUUUUUGUCCUGAACUUGGAGGCCAGCGUGAGUGCCCGUAUGUUUGUCAGUGAAAUGAAAUUGGCUGCAGCUGUCACCCUCAACAAAAUGGAUCUGACCCUGGACAAAAGUAAUGUGGGAGACUUUCAGGUCAGCGCCCUCAAUAGCAUCUUACAAGGGGUCUUCAAAUUGGUGGUGAUACCCACAGUUAAUGUCCAACUUGCUAAGGGAUACCCACUGCCCACAAUUGGAAAGAUGAAGCUUAUGAACACCCAGCUUGAUGUGCUGAAGGACUACAUCCUGAUUGGGACAGAUGUUCAGUUCAGCUGAACUGCACUCCUGAAAACUCCCAGGAGUCUUUUCUGCAUUCUAGCAUCCUUCCAUGAAGACACAAUUACAGUCAGAGUACGAUAAUCUGGCAGAAAUUCCCAAGAAAAAGCUAAAUAAGUAUUACUUCUGACAGCAGUCAGAAUAUUGUGUUUUCUAUGUAUUGGUUCCCCUCUGAAGUUAACCAUUUCUAUAUUUAGUGCGUAUGGACUUUUUUAAUAUGAGUGAAAUGAGUUGCCAAGGACAUCAUCAGCACACUCAUCAGCAAAAUGUCUUCUGAGCUCCAGUCUAUAGACCACUUUAGGACUGCUAGUCUUUUUGCAACUGCAUGCAUCCCUCUGUGGUGGGUAGAGAUUAAAAGAAUAUAAAUAUAAGCUACUUCCACAUGGUUUUAUGGGUGAAGCUACAUGACAUUAAUCUUAGCAGGAUACAGUUGCCAGGCUAGCUGUAACCAAGCUAGCUGUAACCAAGCUAGCUGCAACCAAGCUAGCUGUAACCAAGCUAGCUGUAACCAAGCUAGCUGCACAAAUAUGAUGUGAUUCAUUUGUAACAAUAAGUAUUUUGGCAAAAGAAAGCUAAGCUACUACUUCAGCCCUGCAAUUAACCUUUUUCUCUCAAGACUACAUUUUGACAUAUAAGUCAGGUUGGAAUUUACCUUAGUUGGGAUUAGAAUUGGACUGUAGAAUUUACCUUAGGGUGUCGUCCGGCUAAUAUUAGCGAACGCUUGCUUCCCUGUUUGCUUUUUGUAAGUUACCUUACAGCAUGUUCAGACAUUGGCAAUUUAGAGUGCUUAAUAAAUGACAAAGUCACAUAAAAGACAA